AUGGAUUUAUCGGAAGCAUCAACCUCUGUUUCGAAGAAUUUAUCGAAAGAUUCACUCGAAGAGAGAUUCAGGAUAUUACAUCAGAAACGUCAAGAAUCUCGUAAAUUAAACUAUGAACAAGUGGUAGAAGAGGAUCGUAGAUCGAAGUUGCCAAAGAAUUAUGAUUUAAAACGGAAACGUCAAGAAUGGGAGCUGAAAGAAAUGGAAUUGAAAAAGGCUGCUGAAGAACGAGGAGAAGAUUAUGAUAGAUUACAAGCUUUGAAAACACAGGCAGAUCUGAUCGUGCGUAAAGAGAUGGCUAAAAGAAAAAAGAAACCCGAUAAAGGCUUCAGUGAUUACGAGGCAAUGACUUUACGUCAGUAUCAGAGACUGUCUGGAAAUAUUAAGCCUGAUAUGAAAGCAUAUGAAAAAAUGAGAGAAGUUAUUGAUGCUAGGGAAUUCUAUCCAGGAGCGGAUACACUUAUUUCUGGAGCUCACUAUCCAACAGACGCUGCCUUAAAUAAGUUAGCAGAAGAUAUCAAAGCACAAGAAAGGAAGCGUGAUCAGUAUCAUCGUCGGCGCAUGUUCGAUCCGGAUGCACCAAUCGAUUACAUUAAUGAACGGAACCGCAAAUUCAAUCAGAAGCUGGAUCGUUUUUAUGAUAAGUAUACGGAAGAUCUUAAAAGUGAUCUUGAAAGAGGGACUGCUAUAUGA